GAAGCUCUGUUGAAAUGUAAUCAGGCAGUGAGCUGAACCUCUAUGUGUCUGUGCCUGCCGGGGUCCUGCCUCCGGAGCCCGUGCGGGGAUGUCUCGGAGACCCCGCGCUGACUGCUGCUCAAACAUCACGGGUUUUUCAGAUGCACUCAUAGAUGAGAGAAACUAAAGCAGGAAGAAAACCUACCUACUAAAAUAUAUGCAAUGGGAAAUUGAAGACGGCGGAUAAGUAAAUGUUGACAUGGAUGAUGAAGAUGGGCGGUGCUUGUUAGAUGUAAUUUGUGAUCCUCAGGCUUUGAAUGAUUUUUUACAUGGAUCUGAAAAAAUUGACAGUGAUGACCUCCUGGACAACACAGGAGAUGCAGCCAGUGCCUUCUUUGAGGGUACUGGGCUGCAUGUACAAGAAUCCUCUGGCAACCAUCUGAACACUGAACAGAAUCAGAACACAACAAGCGUUGACCUAGACUUUUUGGAAGAUGACAUCCUGGGGUCACCAUCUGGUGGUGGGGCGAAUCUUCAGAACUCAGACCAGCCCUGUGACAUUCUCCAGCAGAGCCUGCAAGAGGCUAACAUUACAGAACAGACUCUGGAGACAGAGGCAGAACUGGACCUGGGUUCUUUCCAGCUCCCUACACUUCAGCCAGUGGUUCAGACUGCCUCUGAUGGCACGCCGCAGAUUUUCUCCAGUGGGGCUGACCUAAUCGGGUUGCAGCAGCCUGCAGUCCUGACACAUCAAGCACUGGUGCAGCAGUCAGUGGGAGCAGACGUUGUUAAUAAGGCCAUCAGUGUUCAGCCUUUUCUUCAGCAGGUUGGCUUAGGGAAUGUUACCAUACAGCCAAUUUCGAACCUUCAGGGCUUGCCUAAUGGAAGCCCAAGUGGGACAUUGGGAAUUGGGCCGAUUCAAGUAGUUGGACAACAGGUGAUGGCUAUUAAUCAGUCAGCUCAGCAGAUCAUUGCAAAACAAGUUCAGCCCUCCCAAGUGGCCACCAUGCCUGUUGGCGGUUACAUCACCCAGACAGCACCUGAGCAACAGCAGGUCACCCUCGCAUCCACAGGGGUGUCUCCACAGAACGCUGGCCUUGUCAUCCAGAAAAACCUGCCAUCAGUGGCCACUACCACACUGAAUGGAAACUCCAUGUUUGGGAACGUAUCUGCCACCCAAGGCUCCCAACCUCUCACAGUCACAUCGAACUUAAGCAGCCCAUUGGUGCAGGCCCAAAACGUGAUUAUCCAUAGAACACCCACACCAAUUCAGCCCAAACCUGCAGGGGUCCUGCAACAAAAGCUGUACCAGAUCACCCCCAAGCCAUUUGGUCCCAAUAAUACCACACUGACACAUCAGAAAGAGGCUGCCCUGCAACAGCAGAAGGAACAGAACCUGACUUUUAUGGGCAAACCAGGACAGAAUGUGGUCUUGUCUGGAUUCCCGCAAGGCCCUGCCUGCCAACAUGGUUCAAACAGGCCUUCACCGCAGCAGCAAGCCCUCAGCAAGCCCCAUGAGCGCCACUUGCUACAAGGCAGCAGUAUUGUCAUCCCCGGCAGCAAUCAUGUUCCUCAGCCAAUGUUACAGGGUCAGAACCAGUUCCUUCUUCCUGGGCAGUUAGCAGGUGCCCUCUGCUGUUCAGAUACCCCAGCAGCUUCAGCCUUGCAGGCUAACAUGGGAGGACAGAUCCUAACUUCGCACCUAGUGGCCAGCCCAUCAAUAACUAGCCAAGGGACCUGGUGA